CGGCGACGCUGGCGGGGCGGUGACCAGGGCCGUCGGGCGGCGGCGGCGAUGCGCCCGCCCCGGCCAUGGAGGAGCGCUGGCACCGGGGGCUGGCGGUGCUGGUGAUGCUGCUGCUCUUCGGAGGGCUCGUGCUGCAGUACGUGUGCCCGGGGAGCGAGUGCCAGCUGCGGCAGCGCCUGGCCGAGGCCGUCCCGUCCGCCCUGCUGGCGCGCCAGGCCGGCCAGGGAGGGGAUCCGUACCGUGCGGAGGACGAGAGCCCUCCGCGCUUCGUGUCGCGCCUGAACUUCUCGGAAGCCGACCUGCUGCGCCAUGUGGACUUCCACAUCGCUGGCGACGACCUGAUCGUCUUCCUGCACAUCCAGAAGACGGGCGGCACCACCUUCGGGCGCCACCUGGUGCGCAACAUCCAGCUGGAGCAACCUUGCGAGUGCAAGGCCGGGCAGAAAAAGUGCACCUGCCUCCGGCCGGGCAAGCGAGAGACCUGGCUCUUCUCCCGCUUCUCCACUGGCUGGAGUUGCGGGCUCCACGCCGACUGGACCGAGCUGACCAACUGCGUCCCGGCCGUGGUGGACAGCAAAAAGGACGCCAAGCUGCGCCCCACCAGAAACUUCUACUACAUCACGAUCCUCCGGGACCCGGUGUCUCGGUACUUGAGCGAAUGGAGGCAUGUCCAAAGGGGAGCAACCUGGAAAGCGUCAUUGCAUGUCUGCGACGGGAGAUCCCCAACUUCCGAAGAACUGCCCAGCUGUUACUCGGGGGAUGACUGGUCUGGCUGCUCCUUGCAGGAGUUCAUGGACUGCCCGUACAACCUCGCCAACAACCGCCAGGUCCGCAUGCUGGCUGACCUCAGCCUAGUGGGAUGCUACAAUUUGUCUGUCAUGCCAGAAGAGCAGCGGAACAAGGUUCUUCUGGACAGUGCCAAGGAGAACCUGAAGCGGAUGGCCUUCUUUGGCCUGACGGAGUUUCAGAGGAAGACUCAGUACCUCUUUGAGAAGACUUUUAACAUGGUCUUCAUCUCCCCGUUCACACAGUACAAUAGCACACGAGCCUCUAGUGUGGACAUUGACGAAGAGACCCAGAAGCACAUUGAGGCUCUCAAUUUUUUAGACAUGGAGCUCUACGAAUAUGCAAAAGAUCUUUUCCUACAACGUUAUCAGUAUAUGAGGCAGAAAGAACACCAGGAGGCGAGGCGGAAGCGCCAGGAGCACCGGAAGAUCUGGAGAGCCAAGCAGGUCCACAGCAAGGAGCAGAGCAGCACAAAUGCAACAACUGACUACAUCGGGAGUGUGGAGCAGUGGCGAUAAUAACAGAGGGCGAGGUGUGUUUUUAGGGAGAUCCAGAUUUGAAAAGCCAGGGCAAGGUUGCAAAACAGAGAGGAAGGAUGAAGCAGCCAAACAAAUGUGUGCUCCUUUGAGGGCUGGGGAACGAAUGCGAGGCUUCUGGCCUGUGGCCUUUGCCAAUGCUUUGUGCAUUAAAUGCCAUGAUCAGUGUGGGUUAACCUCACCUCUGUGUGUCUCAGAUCUGUCCCUUUCUAAAAACUACAAACUAUGCUGGCCUGUUUAAGCAGUAUUUUUUUGGAAAUGAUUGCUUGGCCAAAACCAAACAUAAAAACUGAUCGACGUGGUUAAAGCUGGAAAAGUUGGGGACUUUUUAUUUUUAGGUGGGGAAAGUAUGCUUUUGAUGGGCAGGGCAUGAGCUGUGGGUUGCCCAUCCACCCAUUUUGUCUCUCAGGGCUGGGGACUCUGUGGCCUUGCAGAUAGUCAAGGCUACAAUUCCCAACAUCUUUGACCCAUUGGGCCGUGAAAGCUGGUGGGAGUUGGAGUUCCAAAGAGACAUGGAGGGUGGCAGAUGUUCCCUGAUCUGUAGCCUUCCAGGGAAAUCUCCAACACUGUUUCUGACAGAAUUACAAGCCUGGUAGAUGAAGGGAAUGCUGUGGAUAUAACCUAUCUUGAUUUCAGCAAGGUCUUUGACAAGGUGUCCCAUGAUAUUCUUGCAAAGAAGCUGGUAAAAUGCGGGCUAGACAAUGCUACCAUUCAGUGGAUUUGUAACUGGCUGACUGACCGAACCCAAAGGGUGCUCAUCAAUGGCUCCUCCUCAUCCUGGAGAGAAGUGACUAGUGGGGUGCCACAGGGUUCUGUCUUGGGCCCAGUCUUAUUCAACAUCUUUAUCAAUGACUUGGAUGAUGGGCUUGAGGGCAUCCUGAGCAAGUGUGCAGAUGACACCAAAUUGGGAGGGGUGGCUAAUACCCCAGAGGACAGGAACACACUUCAAAAUGACCUUAACAGAUUAGACAACUGGGCCAAAGCAAACAAGAUGAAUUUUAACAGGGAGAAAUGUAAAGUACUACAAUUGGGCAAAAAAAAAAUAAAAAAUGAAAGGCACAAAUACAGGAUGGGUGACACCUGGCUUGAGAGCAGUACAUGUGAAAAGGAUCUGGGAGUCUUGGUAGACCACAAGCUUGACAUGAGUCAACAGUGUGAUGCAGCAGCUAAAAAAAAGCCAAUGCAAUUCUGGGCUGCAUCAAUAGGAGUAUAGCGUCUAGAUCAAGGGAAGUAAUCAUACCACUGUAUUCUGCUUUGGUCAGACCUCACCUGGAAAACUGUGGGCACCACAGUUCAAGAAGGAUACUGGCAAGCUGGAACGUGUCCAGAGGAGGGCAACCAAAAUGGUCAAAGGCCUGGAAACAAUGCCUUAUGAGGAACGGCUUAGGGAGCUGGGCAUGUUUAGCCUGGAGAAGAGAAGGUUAAGGGGUGAUAUGAUAGCCAUGUUUAAAUAUAUAAAAGGAUGUCAUAUAGAGGAGGGUGAAAGGUUGUUUUCUGCUGCUCCAGAGAAGCGGACACGGAGCAAUGGAUUCAAGCUACAAGAAAGAAGAUUCCACGUAAACAUUAGGAAGAACUUCCUGACAAUAAGAGCUGUCCGGCAGUAGAAUUUGCUGCCAAGGAGUGUGGUGGAGUCUCCUUCUUUGGAGGUCUUUAAGCAGAGGCUUGACACCCAUAUGUCAAGAAUGCGUUGAUGGUGUUUCCUGCUUGACAGGGGGUUGGACUGGAUGGCCCUUGUGGUCUCUUCCAACUCUAUCAUUCUAUGAUUCUAUGUUCUUUUCAGGCCAACUCAGCCCCUUAUCUCCAGGGUGAAAGCUUUCUCAGCUUCGCAGUAGCCAUCAGAGUGACGUUCUGUUUAGUUUGGUAGCAUAAGUUUUAAUAAGGACUGCGGUGGCCUUAGUGACCCCCACUGAAUAUUGUCGAUUUGGGGCCACAUCUCUGCUCCAUGUCAUAAGAUCAUACGAGGUUGGGCAGAACAACAUUGAGGUCCUUUCCAACUCUAUAGUUCUAUGAUUCUUUGUUAUACAAGGUCUGUGGAGCCUGCCUCCAGAGGUAGUUUGGGAUGUUUGAGGCAAAUAAAAUACCAGUACCCAUUUCCCAGAGCUUGGGAGUUCAAGGCAUAAUAGUCAUUCUUGUGCUUUGCUAGGUGGCUUCCACAUGGGAAACACACAACAAGAAUGAAGCAUCCCAUCGGAAUAUCUCUCACCCACCCUCAGUUAUUUUAUUUUAUUUCAUGAAUGUAUUUUCAUAGGCACAAACUGCUUUUAGCACAUACCAAAUAUGAAUUCUGAUUAAGGGGGUGUCUGAAGAAGAAAAUAUAUUGGCUUUUUAACAAAGAAGAGAAUGUUUUUGUCUAUAAUUAUUUAUAAGUCAUUUUUAAAAUCUUCCUACUGCUGUUAAUGACUUUUAAGCUUGUUUAAUUUCAUGUUCGAUUGGAAUUGAGAAUAUUCUCCCAAUGAUCUGGAGGACAUUUAGACUAGCUUAAUACAACAACAGAAAAAAGAAUUUAUUAGCUAUGGGAGGGGACACACCUGGACUGGUGGUUUGCUUAUGAUCUCCUCUUUCUAGUAUGAUGCAGAAUUUGGACUCUCAUUUUCGUACUUGGGGGUCUCCCAUCCAGACACCUACUAGACCCAGACCUGCUUAGCUCCAGCCUCGGGUGCCUUCAGACUGUGACCUGGGGUCACAUGGUCCUUCUGAGGCCCAUAGAGUUGAGAAAGGGGGAGUGGACAGAGCCACAGACUUUGAAGUAGCCAUAUUUCUUACAUUUGGGGCCAGCUCAACACCAGAAUUACUCUUCUGCCGCAACUUGAUAUGCUUGCCCUGUUCUAAUAAGGGAAAGUCACAUGCAGAAGACAGCCUGAUUAUGGAUAUUCUUUGCUGGUUUGGGAACAAGUGCUUACAGGUACCUAAAGCAGGUAAUAAGCAUAUGAAAUUGCCUUAUCCUGAGUCUGAUGAUUAGUUCAUCUAGCCCAGAGUUUUCUGCUCUGAUGGAUUGUGGCUUCCCCCAGAAUCUGGCUGGCCACUAUGUGAACAGGAUGCUAGACUAAAAGGGCUUUUCUCAUGUUCUGUUGGGGUCUUUCCCAGCCCUACUGCUUGAGAUAGGCAGUGGUUUUUAAUGGUGAUGAAACCUGUUACCUUUUGCUCUUCCUCUGUGUGGAGAAGGGCUGUAUCUCAGUGGUGGAGCACAUUCUCUACAUGUCAAAGACCUUUGAACAUAGGGAGGUCUCAGGGGAUUAACCUUUGAUGCUCUGAAGAAAACUGCCCUUCAUGUGGGAGACCAGACAGUUUUUGGACAUGGUGAGUGACUUGGAGUGAAGGACCUCCAUCGUGCCCAAACACCACAGAAAAGCCCUGUGGGUUAGUCUUCGGGGCAUUACGUCAGCUAAACUUCCGCUUUUUAAAUUACUUUUGAGACUGUGAUGAAUUACGUCUGAAGGGAUCUGUCUGCCAGUUGAAACUUUCACAUUGAAUGUGAGCUGACUGCUAUCAUAAGAAGAGGCAAUUAUUAACUAUUAACAGACGGGUCCCGUCACCUCCUGGCAAAUAGAAGGGGAAGAAAUGGAGGCAGUGAGAGAUUUUACUUUCUUGGGUUCCAUGAUCACUGCAGAUGGUGACAGCAGUCACGAAAUUAAUGGGAUAAAAGCAAUGACAAACCUAGACAGCAUCUUUAAAAGUAGAGACAUCACUUUGCUGACAAAGGUCCGUAAAGUUAAAGCUAUGGUUUUCCCAGUAGUGAUGUAUGGAAGUGAGAGCUGGAGCAUAAAGAAGGCUGAUCGCCGAAGAAUUGAUGCGUUUGAAUUAUAGUGCUGGAGGAGACUCUUGAGAGUCCCAUGGAGUGCAAGAAGAUUAAACCUCUCAAUUCUUAAGGAAAUCAGCCCUGAGUGCUCACUGGAAGGACAGAUCCUGAAGCUGAGGCUCCAAUACUUUGGCCACCUCAUGAGAAGAGAAGACUCCCUAGAAAAGACCUUGAUGCUGGGAAAGAUGGAGGACACAAGGAGAAGGGGACGACAGAGGACUAGAUGGUUGGACAGUGUUCUUGAAGCUACCAACAUGAGUCUGACCAAACUGCGGGAAGCAGUGGAAGACAAGGGUGCCUGGCAUGCUCUGGUCCAUGGGGUCACAAGGAGUCGGACAUGACUAAACAACUAAACAACAACAACAACAGACUGGAAACGAAACAAAAAGCAUGUUUUAAUUGUCUGCAACGAAGAAAGAUUAUAAAUAGACAAGGGUGCUCUGUUAAGACAGGCGCAAUUUUUUAAGGCAGUCUGUUAAGGUAGUGAGUUCUUAAUUAGACCAAUGGCACUCAGUAUGGAGAAAAUACUGUUGAUAUCAUGCAGCAAUUAUUGGAUGAGGAAUCAAAAGUGCUCAGAACUGAGAUGCAUAAAAUGGUGAAUGAAAAUGUAUCAGAGAAAGGUCAGAUAAAAGGAGACACGGAACCUUUGGGAAAUAAUACGGAUAAAAAUCUGCCAGAACAUGAAAGUGGAAUGGUGAAGCGGGAAGCAGCAGGUGGUGAAAUGGGCCUUCAAACAGGUGCCUGGAGGAGUGAAACAGUCAAGCAAUGGAGUUGUGAUUCUGAAGGACUGGAAUGAAGCCAUUGGCAGAGAGAUUAAGAAACAUUCUGAGAUGGCAGAAAUAAGAGUUGAGAGGGAAAUGAUCCUGUGUACAAUUUGAAGUGAAUUCAAAGGGGGAAACUAUCAAGCUUCUGGUGAUGCACUUGGAAAAAGAAUGGAAGAAGUUCUUUUUCUCCUCCUAAACUAGGAUGGAAAAUUAAUGAAGUAAUAAAAAUUAAUGAAAUGAAUAUUAAUGAAUAUAGAAUAACUAACUAUGGAUUGAUAUUUUAGUACAGUAUAUGAUCACAUCACAACGGAGAGAUUCCUUUAUGAAUAGAGAUGAACGAUUUAUUGUUUUUUAACAUUGUGGAGGAGUUGCUGGAAUUCCUUGGAGAUAAAUUAAUCAUACUGGAUUGAAAGAAGACUAUUCUUGAUUUUUAAUGAUAAUAACAAUGGGAGAGCCGCAUUUAGACUUUGUGUGGAAGAGGAAAUGAGGUCUGGGGUUGAACAAGGAGCAGCUGGAUAUUAUCAUGGAAUACACCUAGAUACCAUCCCGAACACUUAGAACAUUUUAAACAAUAUUUAUAUAUAUAAUUGGCAGGCAGAGAAUAAUAAGUUUUCUUUAUUUCUAUUCUCUCUUCUCUCUUUUUCUUUUCAUCUUUUAUCUUCCUCUCUCUUUUUCUUUUAUCUACUUUGUUUUUCUUUAUGUUUUGUUCUGUUCUUUGAUGUCCUCUACUCUGGGUUAAUGAGGGUACAUACACACAUGAAGGUGAUGCUUGACUGGUGAAGGACCCUGCGAGAGAGGCAGGGAAGGGAAGAUCUCUCAGAGUAGAAGGCUGGGAGAGGAAAAGGAAGCUCCCAGGUGAAAGCUCGGAGGGUCUACCCCCUUUUGUUUGAAACAAGGGUUAAGAAGAUCUACCUUUGUAUUCUCCCCCUUCCCUUUCUCUUUGCCUUUUCUUUUUUCUUUUGUUGUUGUUUUUAUUUGGAUUUGGUUUUUUCUUUAAUGUAUUGUAAGAUGAAAAGUUUCAAUAAAAAACAUGCAAAAAAGAAAUUCCUGGGAAGUUGCUGCCAGUCAUUGUUGACAAUACUGCCUUCUGACUCAGAAUAAGGCCACUUCCUAUGUGCCACUGAGCUCGCCUGCCUGUUCUUCCCCACUUCCAAAUGAGAUACGUACUAAUGUGAUCAAUGUGUUACAACUGGGUCUGGGAUCCCUGAGUUGGAGGGUGAUCAGGUUUGUUUAACGUGACAAGUCUGCAAGUUCCUGCACCUACAAAACUUGGGACCAUUGUCAGAUUCGCUCCUGCCUAUCAAUUACAUGUGAAACUUCUCCUAGUGAGCAAUGUUUUCCAAGGGACUACAGAUGACUGUAGGUCUCUAAGCGAGCCACUUUUUGCAUCUUGUAAGACAUUUGCAUCUUAGGAGUGGGCCACUGGUUGCAUUUAAAAACCCAUAAGUUUCCCAAAUGUCUACCAGCACCCAUCUUAAACAGCCUUUGCCAACUUUGGCUGACUGGGGCUGGUGAGAGUUGUCAGCCAAAACCUCUGGACUGCACAAGGUUGGCAAAGGCUGGGCUAGAACUUUAAGAUCGUAGGAGAAGAUACGAUUUAGUUGCAUUUUCUCUGUUGCUGGGACACCAGCUGGGAGGCAAGGAACUGGACAAUUUAACAUGCUUGGACCAGGCAAAUCUCUAUGCAAAAAUAUUGUGAAUAUGAUGGUGAUAAAACAGGCUCUUCUACCUGAUAGUCUAAUGAGAACUGAUGUUAAUUUUGGUCUAGGCACUCUUUCAAUGGGUUGGAGGCACCUGGGGGUGAUGUUUCCUUAUUUCAUGCAUAUUAAAUCUUAACUGGGCUCCUUUUGCACUAUAUGCCAUUUAUAUGUGAGAUUAAUCAAGUAAGGCUGGGGGCUCAGCCUGUAUGAGAGGCUUCACCAAAAUAGACAUUGCAACAACAAUGCUACCCGUGUCUUCCUGCUACACAGAGGAGCCCUAACCAUGUCUGCUCAGAAUUAACUUGUGUUGAGUUUAAUGGGGCCUACACCCAGGAAGUGGCUGUAGGGUUAAAGCCUGCCUUAUCCAAAGUUUAUUGCAUCAGGCAAUCUUUCGGAGGCCUAGUGGGUUUGCUAAACUUCAAGCAUUUAAGAGCGGGGGGGGGGAGCCAGCGCCGGCAAAAUGCAAAGAAUGAGUGUUUGAAAUGCUAGUCUGGCAUUUCCAAUGGAAUUCCUUGGUUUUCACAGGGAGGGACAAUGCGCUCUUGAAACCAGAGGGGGGAUGCCUGUGCUGGGUGUCGGUUUGAAGCACCCUGCCUGAUGUAGGAGAUGCAACCUCGUUUUUAUGCUGUGCUCUGCAUGGUUUACAAAAUAAUAAAAUACUAAACCCUUUCCUUUACUUUGUGUACACUGUUUGUUGUAUAUAAGGGAUGUGUGCAUAUAAGGAUUCAAUUUUGUCAUAACCACACAAAUUUCAUAGCUGUCAAGUUUUCCCUUUUCUCGCGAGGAAGCCUAUUCAGCAUAAGGGAAUUUCCCUUAAAAAAAGGGAGAACUUGACAGCUAUGAGAUUUUGUUGCUUUCCACUAUAGCCCUCUAUCUUGCUGUGUAGUUUUACAAUGACAAAAAAUGGGGUUUGGGAAGGAAAGGAGUUCCACUGACUUUGAUUGUGUAAUUUAACAAUAGAGUUGAUAAAAUAAACUUUAAUUGCAGUCUUU